CGAGCUGCGAGGCGAGGCAGUCAGUCGCUCUCAGCUACGACAUGCAUAACGCAUGAGAGCCAGCGAUCUCUUUCUUUCUCUCUGUGUAUAUCUGUCCCUCGCGACGUAUUCCUGUGUGCCGUGACGACCGAGAGCGGACGGUGAAACCUCGCGAUAGAGCGAGCGUGCUUUUAGUUACGGUGGAUGAGUGCAACGCGUAGUCCUCGAUGCCACUGUCGUGGCGAAACGUGCGUUUUUUAAUUUUUUGAUUUGCCCCCCGGGUGAAAAUUCGCGGGAGAAUAAUAAAAUAGGUCGUCGUGUCGUAACGGGAGUAUCGUAUGGAAACGCGGCUGAAGGAAUAUCCGAUAUAAGUCUCGAACGGAUAUUCGAUAAGGGAGCGAUUGAUUUCGUAAGUGCGCGGACCCUGAGGGUAGACGAACGUCUGGAAUAUCUUGUAUUUUUUUUUGGUGACGUUUCAAUACGGCCUGCAAUACGCGGUGCCGUUGUGUGGAUUUUAUCGGGAUUAUCGUCUGGGUGAUCUGGGUAAAAAUUUUGGCUGUGGUGUAAACCGGCUUCUGUUGGAUUUAUAUGAUCUACGUGGACGAACUGGCCCGAGGGUGCUAGAGGUCACCCUUUGGCCCGCCUUGAAAUUGGAUCGUUCGUCGUUUAAGGAUUAUCACCGGACAACUGGGAAAUAUGGACGCUAAUAGUAACGAUAUCGUUGAUAAUGUGCUGCGAGAUGUAGAGUGUUGCGAUCAGAGAAUAAUUAAUUCGAGAUCGUACAGUGACUGAGAGACAUCUUGGAUAACAGUGAUUUAUCAAAGACUGGUUACCAGCACAGCUACAGCUAGUAAAUAUACGAGCCGCUCGGCAGACCGAGCCAUUGCUCUCUCUCACCUCCGUGAUCAGCGGGGUGGAGAUUAUCGUUUGUUAAGUUGAUUGGAUACCGUCGGAUAGACCCGGUGUUAUUGUCGAAAGAAUUAAAUAAUCAGGACUGACUUUGACAGAGGGCAGAAGCUCGUGGCGGAUAUAGCGAAGUCCCGCCAGGGUGGAAAGCCGCGUGUGCCCCAUCGGUGGUGGCCGCGACGGCGGAGGAAACGCAGACGGUGCUGGAUAGGUUAUCCUCAUCAUCCUCUGGGAGCAAAGGAAAAGGAGGAGAAGGCAGAUAGUGGAUUGUUACAGUUUGCGGGUAGUAAAUAAUAUCUCGAAGUUUCGGAAGAGCGUAAGAAGUGCAAGUGAUUAUUAAGGACAGUAAAGAAAAGUGUAAAGUCGCGUUGUAGGGUGGCUAAGAAGAAGAGAUUGCGGAAGGGUAUCACCUUGAGGCUAGGGCCAGGUGACCCAGGGGGUAAGCGCCAGGGAGUAGAUGGCUGCUACUACGUACAUGCCGGUUAGUAGUGCAGUGUCAGCCGACCUGGAUGGUGGUUCGGGAUCCGCGAUCGGGAUGAACAUCGCCGUGGGUGGCUACUCCUCGGGCUCGCCCCGCAGCGCCGCCGACGCUGGCGAGAUGAAGUACAUGCCCGCGCCCCAGCAUCAUCACCACCAUCACCAUCACCAUCAGGUAUCCUCGUCGCCGUCGCCAAAUGGACUCUCGCAUCCGGCGAGUCUCUCGUCGGCGAAUCCGUGGGUCAGCCUGCAACCUGGCAGCGACCCUUGGACAGCGUCAAUGGGGAUGCAUCACACGACGCAUCACUCCCAUCAUCAUCCGCACCAAGGGAACACGAGCCUCGACGUCAAGCCGUUGACAGCCGCAGCGUCCGCCAAUGAUUCCGUACAGAGUAUGCACCAUCGUGGACCUCAUCAGUCACCCGGGAUGGCAUCGCCGCACUCCUGGCACGCCCCCGUCGUACCCUCGGCGCAUUAUAAUCCAAGCGGCGGCGCGGCGUCGCCGACCACCCUGCAGCAGUACCACGCGGCUAUGAACGGCAUGCUUCAUCAGCAUCCCCAUCAGCACCCUCACCAGCUACACAAUCAUCAGACGGGUCUACCGCAUCAUCUUAGGGACGCUCACAAUCACAGUCCACCCCCAGGACAUCCUCUGCAUCCUGGACACCCUCUCGACAGGGAUCACAGUGCCGGCGAAGAGGACACACCUACGUCCGACGAUCUCGAAGCCUUCGCCAAGCAGUUCAAGCAACGACGGAUCAAGCUGGGAUUCACCCAGGCCGACGUUGGCCUCGCCCUGGGUACCCUCUACGGCAACGUCUUCUCGCAGACGACGAUAUGCAGGUUCGAGGCGCUUCAGCUCUCCUUCAAGAACAUGUGCAAGUUGAAACCGCUUUUGCAAAAGUGGCUGGAGGAGGCAGACUCGACGACGGGCUCGCCGACGAGUAUCGACAAGAUAGCCGCUCAGGGUCGCAAGAGGAAAAAGAGGACCUCCAUCGAGGUGUCCGUUAAGGGCGCCCUGGAGCAACACUUUCACAAGCAGCCAAAACCCUCGGCCCAGGAAAUCACGAGUCUCGCGGACAGUCUUCAGCUGGAGAAGGAAGUGGUGCGCGUGUGGUUCUGCAAUCGACGGCAGAAGGAGAAGAGGAUGACGCCGCCCAACACGCUAGGCGACGGUAUGAUGGAAGGAAUGCCACCGGGACAUCAGGGACAAGGUGGACUGCACCAAGGAUACCAUCCGCAGGAUCAUCUACACGGCUCGCCCAUGGGACACAGUCAUAGUCCUCCCAUCCUGAGCCCUCAGAGUCUCACGGCACAUUCCCUUGCGGCGCACUAGCGUUCGCCCGGGCCUCCCCCAUUAGGCCUUGCAAUAACCUCGCAAGCGGCUAACUCAUCUGCGGAUGGUUUGCCGCCGUUCUACCAUCAUUACCUCCAGGCGCGCACGAGUUACUCGACUUCGUAGCUUCGCGAGAACUACGUAUCGUCAUCGUGAUCGUCGUCGUCGUCUCAAGGUGUCAGCUUUGCCGAUACGCCAUACGAAUGGAUGUAAUCAAGAACGUUCAACGGAACCGAGCGAGGUUCAUAAGGCUUAAAUAAUACAAGUUACUAGAGACAUAUAAACGCGCAGCCAUUUUAAACGGGGAGGCUAGCAAAACUGCAAUCGGGUGUGUCGUGUUCUUAAAAACGAGAAAAAAGAAGCGUUUCUCUUCUGAAUCCACAAUUAAUUAAGUAUAUCAUUCCUCGUGAGGUCACAAGAAGCCCCACGCCCAUGGGCUAUUCCUUGAAACCAAUAAUUUUAUGUCGAGGAGCGGAUUUCGUACGGCCGGACAAUUACGUAUAAUGACAUUUGUGAAUAAAAGCCGUCGGUCAGGACAUUCGGUGUACGGGGAUGAAUCAUCGUGACGGACCUGGUGCAUUCUCGAGGAUAAAUGGAUCACGUAUACGAAUCUCUUAUGUUCGUAUGGGAUGUGUUUUCGCGAUCAGUGCCGUAGAGUUCGCGAGGGACUUUGGUGAGAGGUGUACCCC